UUAAUUAAUGACGAUAAACUGUUCCAGACUGUCAGGCUUUGCGGAUAAGUCCAUCAAACCCCUUUCUGCGCCGAUCCUGGCGAGAGGGGCCUGUCGCCCCGAGAGGGGAGAUGACGGGUAGAGGGGGAUGAACGAUGGGCGCUGCUCGACGCUGUUACCUGGUGUUACGUGCCUCAGAAGCACUAACCGGUCAGUCAGUGUACCGUCUCGUUCCUGCCUUUGAACAACGCUCGCCUGCUGUUCAACAGUGUCCGCGCCUGCCUGCGCCCUAGAAAUUUGCACACACGUCAACUGACAGCCGUUCGUUUUGAAGGAUCGUUCCGCCCGGAAUUGCCGUUCGGAAAGCGUCGUAGAAAAAAAAGGUCGCGCAAAAUUGAUGACCUUGCACCACGUCGUCGACGAUGUUGCACAAUUCACGCCGUGUGUACCGAUAAUGCGAUCAAGAAGUACGAGGCUGAAUCAUGUCGAGUCCGUCGUUGAAGGACCUGCCCAAAGUAGCUCUAGACCUGAAAAGCGAAUUGGAAGGUUUCAACCAUGGCUGUAUGAAGAAAGCCGCAACUGCCGAGAAGAACGUUUUACCUUCCGCCGAAGACGUGCGGCAGGAGCGGCAGCACUCUGAGUUGAUACAUGGCGUGGAAACCUUUAAGACAGAUCAGUUGAAGCACGCCGACACGAAAGAGAAGAUUGUGUUGCCUAACGCCAAAGACGUCGCCGCGGAGAAGACUCAGCAAACAUUGAUCGCUGGUAUUGAGAAGUUUGACACCGCAAGUCUGAAGCACACCGAGACGCAGGAGAAGAACCCGUUACCCGAUAAAGAUGCGAUCCAGCAAGAAAAGGGGAAGCAACAGCUGAUCUCCGGUAUCGAGAAUUUCGAUCCAGCGAAGCUGAAGCAUGCGGAGACCCUCGAGAAAAAUCCUCUGCCCACCAAAGAAGCGAUCGACGCCGAGAAGAUAGCCGCUUAAAGAAGCUGCCACACGAAAACGAAGGAAAGGAACGAGGACGGCGUGGCUCGUCGCUUCUUCCAUUUUCUAUAUCCGUGACAUUUUAUAACAAUUAUUCAUACAUUGCCAAGGAAAAAAAGCGCGAAUGCGAAGCACUGUGUUAGUCGUAAUGCUAUGAUUAUACUUAUCCUAUAAUCGCCGUUUUACCGGCGUUCUCCUUUUGGCGAGAUCGGAAGACUCUUGAUCGAAAAAGUCCAACGUUUGAAUCAGGUAGUCGAUGACGAUACCGCUGCUGGUUGUUCUACGUCGGUACCAGGCCGCCUCGAGAGUCAAUUCGGCAACAAUUAGGCAAUGACAAGAAUGAGAACAGAAAAUAUAGCUCUUGUCUCGCAGUUUUUCUUAACUUGCUCUCUCGCUACAUCUACUCAUUUUGUUGCUCAACACGCGACAAACGUUACAUUUUUCAAACAGUCGUAUAGAUAUGACUAUCUAGAGAGAGAAAGACUUGUAUGUGUGUGUGUGUGUGUAUGUGUGUGUGGCAAGAGAAAUAUUAGUAAAUGUGGCAAGUUAGAAAUUCGUUUUAUGAGACAGGGACGAGGGUCCAACUUAACAGUUCGCGAAACACUGCACGGGAUCGUCAUCUCGCCGGAGGAUGUAGUUUUUUUACAUCGAGAAAACUGCACGCGCGAGUAUAUUCGUUAUUUUCGAUAAAGCAGGCAAAAUUGUCGGUGAUAUUGCAUUUCAUGCGUUACAGCAGACAUCGCGGAAGUAUGCACACAGUGGUCGAUCUUAUAUUUAUGUAUUGUAAAAAUCAUAUUUUGUAUAAACGGGCUAUUGUACUUUUUUAAUAUUUCGUAUACAUCGCAUUGUCAUUUCGACGAAAUUAUUACGAAGAAUAAAAAAAAAGUAAUUUGUAAAA